CUACCACAAAACUUCCAUUUUGGCAUCGCUCUAAGCAUACAAAAUGUCCAAUUCUUGCUCUAGUUCUUCUCUAUCUGUUCCUCAUCCAAUAUGAUAAGUUCCAAGAAACUCUUCAAGAUAGCAAGGAAUUGGCAGAAAUUAGCCACUAUAAAGAGGAAGAGAAUUGUGUUACCAACACUUCAAACAGAUAAAGGUCAUUUUGUGAUCAACACAACUAAUCAAAAACGUUUUGUUAUCCCAUUGGAGUAUCCUGGCAAUAGUACAUUCAGUGAACUCCUGAAAAUCACUGAAGAGCAAUUUGGAUUUCCAGGCGAUGGACCUACUACAUCGCCAUGUGAAUCAGAAGUCAUGGACUACAUAAUCUUGUUGAUUGCACAUGGAGUGUCUAAAGAUCUAGAGAAAGUUUUGCUCGUCUCCAUAACUUCUAGAAACUUCUCCUUACCAUAUCAUUUCUAUGAACCACAGAAUAUGCAGAAAUUACUUGUUUGCAGCUGUUAAGUGAGUCAGGCUCUCUGUAUAUGAUCAGUUGACUUUCUAAUUUAGACCAUUUAAUAGCCAGUCAAGAAAUUGUGAUUCAUUGCUAUCCUCCUAAAGGAACCUACACAGUUGGAGUUCUUUUAGUUGGAAAAAAUGUUUUGUUAUUGUAUCAGGAUUCUUCUGUUUUAGUAACAUAAGAAAAAUACUUUUGGAAG